GUGGGCAUGGCUGGGGUGGCUCCAAGAGAAAAGAGAAAAGAUACUGGCAAGAGGGGAGGAAGAUGAGAGGCAAAUGAGAAAUCAAGAUGGAAAAUACACAGGGAUGGGAACGAUCGGCGGUGUCAAAAGUCACUCGCGCACGGGCCACCAAGGGCGUACCGGGGCUGAUGUCAGACAUCACUCAACAUGUCGUCAAACCCUCUGUAUCUCAUGCAUCGUACCCCAUAUAGGUGCAGAGUCAUCAGCAAGCUUCCCCGUCGCCAUGUCAGCUCGGUUAAGACAGCUUCAAACUAUCCCGCAACAAAUCCUCGACGGCCUCAUCACCCACUUCUCCGAACAAUCUGGCAGGAAGCACGCCGUCACAGAAAAGAUUAAAGCCAAGCUGUGGUCUUGGAUCUGUCUGCUCUAUCUGACGUCGGAUGGGUACUCGGUGGAGGUUGGGAGGAUUGCGAAGGAUUUGAAGAUGGAACCCGCCAAGGUUGCGACGUACUACAAGCAGCUCGGUUGUAACGUCAAGCUCAAGGCAUCACCCUUGCUGAAGCGGGGCAAAUGCGUCGAGCGUCAUGGUUUCGCCUGUCACGUGCCCCAGGACUAAGAGACGCGGACUUGCUCAGCACUAAAAGUCGUCAGAAGGUCGGUCGUUACAUGUCGUGCUGUCAUGAGAAACGUGAAGGGUCGUAUAUGAUUAGGAUAUCUUGUGUUUCUGGUUCUUACAAGUAAUUAUGGCAUAUAUACAAAGUCGA